AUGGGGGAAGUGGCGGGGGACUGGCUCACCCUCACCGUCCAUGGACUGACGCCUUCAAGGAAGUAUUUGCACAAGAUGCACUCUCACAAUGUCAAAAGUUUUGGUCCAUUCUCCUCCAUGGAAAGCUUCACGACUCUUCCAGCUGGGGCCUUCUUGGCCCACACUGUACUGCCGCGGGUCAAGGCGGAGCCCAGGCCAAGCAUUGUUCUUGGCGGCAGCUGCAGUGAGAGCAACAAGCCUGGCAUCCAGCCUCCAGACCUGUGGAUCCAUCACGGCCACUUGGAGCUGAAGAACUUUGACAAGGGUGAGCGCAGCAACUCCCCCAACCACGCCUCCAUCAUCCAGCACACAGAGGUUGUUGAGUCACUCUUCACGUCCUCCCUGAAGGAAGCCGGCGGCCUGAAGCACCGCGGGCAGGUCACCACCACCAGCCUGCAGGCCAGGAACCACAAACACCUCUGGAUGGGACUCUGGAAUGGCAGGCUUCACUGUGGCUUCACUAAGAUCAACCGCACGUGCAAGACAUGCCAGGCUCUGAUGUCCAGUGUGGAGGAGAUCGGAAUUCCUAUCAUGAGGGAGACACACAGCCGCACCACACCCUCACCGGACGCCAGCAAGCUAUUGCCAUCCUGUAGUCGCCACACCUCCAGGAUGGUCGUGGCUUGGGGGGGAACCGUACAUUUUCUCCUCAGUUCUGUGUCUUAAUUUUAGGUUUGUUUGUACAUCAAGCUUGAUAUUUGCCAUCCUGAAGUCCCCCUCACUGCCAUGACUCUACUCUUGCUCAUUCCUAUGCUAUCCAGAUCCCUUAUGCAAGGGUUAACCACCAUCUUCAUUCUUUCAUCCCUAUUCUAUCCAAAUCCCUUAUGCAAGAGUCAAACAGCAUCUUCAUUAUUUCAUCCCUGUUCUGUCCAAAUUCCCUAUACAAGAGUUUUCCAGCAUCUUCAUUCUUUUAUCCCUUCCACUGGUAAACUCUGAAACAGCAAUAGCCUCCCUUUGUCUGUAUUUUUACUCCUGCUCAUCCCUAUACUAUCCUGAUCCCUUAUG